GCCUUCACAUGUUCUCUGCUCUGACAACAGCACACUCCUCUGUGAAGUGGCUGUGAAGAAGCCUUCUACACUGUUUGAUUGUACUGUAGACGCAAACAGCAUGGGGGACUUUCAGAACCUUGAGCAGGACUUCUACCAGACAGGAUAUUACAUAGAUGACCAGGGUAACACUGUGUCCUACUAUGAUACCUACAAUUCCUCAAACCCUGCUUAUUAUGACACUGGAGCACAGGGUUUUGUGCCGGGUGCUCUGGAUCCUUCCAUGGAGCAGCAGUACACUGAACAGUUCUACCAACCUGUGGGAAGCACAGGAACAGAUUCUCUUGAAGAGGAACCGAGCCUUCUUGAGGAACUCGGCAUCAAUUUUGAUCACAUCUGGCAGAAGACACUGACGGUGCUGAACCCUUUGAAGCCUGCAGAUGGCAGCAUUAUGAACGAGACUGAUCUAACAGGUCCUAUCCUCUUCUGCAUUGCACUAGGCAUCACUUUAAUGAUGGCAGGUAAAGCCCACUUUGGUUAUGUGUAUGGGAUCAGUGCUACAGCCUGUAUUGGGAUGUACAUUCUGCUGAGUCUGAUGAGUUCUGUGGCAGUGUCUUAUGGCUGUGUGGCCAGUGUCCUGGGCUACUGCCUCCUGCCUAUGGUGGUCCUCUCUGCAUUUGCUGUCUUCUACUCUUUGCAAGGUGCCCUGGGUACAGUUCUGGCCUUGUUAGCAGUUUGUUGGUGUAGUCUCUCUGCCUCCAAGAUCUUCAUCUCCACCCUGGCUAUGGAGGGCCAGCAGCUGCUGGUGGCUUACCCAUGUGCCCUACUCUAUGGGAUCUUUGCACUGCUCACUGUAUUCUAAUUAUCACCAGAUUAUACACAGAAGGGAAUAAUUAUUAAUCAAGCAACAAUCUUUUUUAUUUCUGCCAAAUAAGGUUGAAGGGAGAUUAUGUUUUUCAGCCCUGUCUAUUUGUCUGCUGGGGAAAGCACUCAAUGGGAUUUGAAGGGAAACUGGGAUUUUGUUGGAUGACUGCAUAUUACAGAGCAUGAGCUCCAGAUUGGAUGGUUUUAUUUCAUCUGUGUUCUAUUUCAAUUUUGUUUAUUUUAUAAUGUAGCUAUAUGUAAUAUUUCUACAUGGUAAAUAUUUGACUAAGAGAAUGUCCUUUGAACUAAAAUAAUGCCUUAAUGCCUUGUAUGUGAUUUAUUCUGUCCUCAAAGAUUUGAAUGAAUAAAUAUGUA